AUGAGCUUCAGUGAAAUGCUCAGACGAACAAAAUUAGAGAUUGAAGAUAUCGAACAAAUUGAUGGUUUGAAACUUAUUCGACCGAAACUCUUUCCCGAUACACGCGGUUAUUUCGUGGAAUACUACAACGAAUAUGAAUUAGGUACAUUAGGAUUCUUCGAGAAAUUCAAGCAGGAUAACCAUUCCUACUCAAAAUCUGGCGUUUUACGCGGCCUACAUGCACAACCUGGAAUGGGUAAACUGGUAUCUGUUGUAAGUGGUGAAAUAUACGAUGUUGCUGUUGAUAUAAGACCAACAUCGAAAACUUUUGGAAAGUGGUACGGUGUUGUUCUAAAUGAAGAAACACGGACAGGUUUCUGGAUACCAGAUGGAUUUUUGCACGGAUUUUAUGUUUUAUCGGAAAAAGGAGCUCAUGUAACUUAUAAAUGCACAGCGAUAUACAAUUCGCAAGUGGAAUUUGGUGUGAAUCCAUUCGAUCCAGAGUUGGCCAUCGAUUGGCACAUUAGUGACCUGCGCGAACUGAUCAUUAGUGAUCGAGAUCGAUCUCAUCAAAACUUGAAGUGUUUAUCAUUGAAAAGAGAAUGA